AUGAAGUCAAGAGUCCUCCGACCAGCAGCGCACCUCCGCUCGGCCCGUCUCGCGAGCCCCUCCACCUCGACCCCCCGCCUCACCCUCUCCGCCCGCGCCGCCAGCUCCCUCUCGCAGAAGCCCAACGCGAACCACGUCUCGUUUCCUGGCGCCGUCAAGAGCGCCUUCACGCACACGCUCAAGUACGAGACGCCCUCCGACUACCCGGCCCUGUCGACCUACCGCGUCGUCGACCAGGAUGGCAUCGUCGUCGACGAGAGCUUCAAGCCGGAUCUAAGCGAUGACGAGGUCAUCAAGCUGUACAAGGACAUGGUCUACAUCUCGAUCAUGGAUCUCAUCAUGUUCGACGCCCAACGGCAGGGCCGGCUGAGCUUCUACAUGGUGUCGGCAGGCGAGGAGGCGCUGAGCGUCGGUUCCGCCAGCGUGCUGGCGCCCGAGGACGUCGUCUUUUGCCAGUACAGAGAGCAGGGUGUCUUCAAGCAGAGGGGGUUCACGACGUCAGACUUUAUGAGCCAGCUGUUCGCCAACGCCAAAGACCCCGGCCGCGGCCGGAACAUGCCUGUGCACUACGGCAGCAAGGAACUGAACAUUGACCUGGAAGCGGCGCCGACAACCCCCAUCACGCCGGCUGCGCAAAGUGGAUGGAGGCCAGGGGCAUCUGGGACGAGGGCCAAGGAGAAGACGUGCCGCGACGAGACGAGGAGCGAGGUGCUCAAGGGGUUCCGGGAGGCCGAGGCUAUGAAGAAGCCGCCCAUGCGCUCGAUGUUUGAAGACGUCUACGAGGAGCUGACGCCGGAUCUGAAGAAUCAAAUGGCCCAACUCAAGGCGCAUUUGGAGAAGUACCCUGACGAGUACGACUGCAGUGAGUUUGAGGGCGGUGCUGACAGUCUCAAGCCAUGA